GUGUUGCGUCCCUCUCUGGGCCCCGCCUCCCAUGAACGUCAAGUGGAAUGGAGUUCACGUGACCGGAAACGAAGUGUCCCCUGAAGAGAAAGAGCAGCAGCGGUAGGGGCAGGAGGAGCAGGAGGUGCGAGUGUUGGCUGCGCUGUUUGCUCGGGCACCUGGAGUCUUCUAUCCGCACAGUUGUCAUGUGAUCUCCAGAUCCCGCCGCUGAGAUGCUUUCGUCUCUCACCUCGGAGAAUGCCCAGGAGCCCAAAGAGGUGAAGCAGAGAAUAACCAAGAAGUUGGCCACUUCUCUCCGAGCUCUCCAGAUCCGUUAUGUGACUACGGAUGACGUGGUCACCAGCGAUGAUGACGAUGCGAAUGCUCUGUGCGUGGCGCUCGAAGCAGUGUUCAUUCAUGGGCUGAAACCAAAAUUCAUCAAAGCCCAGACGGAUAAGAGGAACAGGAGAUAUAAAGGUCGUCAUGUACCCCUGCCCCAGCCUGCCUACUGGGCACUGCUGAAGGCUGUAACGCACCGCAAUGUGAUUACAGAACUGGAGAGGGUGAGUUACAUUAACACUGAUGUAGGCCGCUGCCGCUCGUGGUUGCGUCUGGCGCUUAACGACUGUCUAAUGGAAUGUUAUUUCAUCUCCUUGCAACGAGAGAAGUCAUGGCUUACCGAGUAUUACCAGCCUUUUGCCUUGCUGCUGGAUGCUGAAGAUUGUGACGUGGUGCUUAGCUACUUGCAAGGGUUUGCUUCUUUGACUUUCUCUCUUUCAUAUAAAUCAUCCAUUUUAAACGAAUGGACAGCCACCCCGCUGUCAUUAGCUGGGCUCUGGCUUGAUGACUCUGACCGCUUUACAAAUGGACAAUAUGAAACCCACAGAAGGAAAUCGCUGGACUCUGUGUCUCAGUCAUCCAGUUCGGAUGAUACAAACAGCUCUUUGUUAAGUGAAAGCAAAGGCAAAAUGGAUUCCCCCCUAAACCUUGACACAAACAGCGCUUCCUUACAGUUCUCUUCCAGUCUUAGCUCUGAGGGGCUGCUUCAUAAUCGGACCACCUCAAGUGGUAUCCACUCUGGUUCUGAAAACUCUUCUUGUGAUGCUGACUCAGCUGAGAUGGAGGAAUCUGAUAAAUCUCAUGCAGAGGAAUCUGAAUUUGAUGUCUCUCUGCUGUCUGGAAGAAACUCCCCCACGGUGUUUCUACCUACGCCCCACUCGGGAGAGGUCGUAUCUCAGCCAGAGAAAACUACCCCACAGGGCAUCAAAUGUCAAGGGGAAUUGGAUGUUAAAGAAACUCCACUGACAGAAUGUGCAAUAAAAGCAGAUUUAAUAACACCCCCUGCAAGCAUUAAAGCUCCUUCUUCAAGCCUUUGCACAAGAAGUGACAAGCCUUCCGCUCCUCCAGAGCAACCUAAUCCUGUUAUUUGCCAAAACCCCACUACUGAGGAAAGUCACAGAGGCCCAACAUUUAAAACAAGCCCUGAAAAUGAUGCACAUGAGAACCAGAUUGAUAAGCUUCCUCAAGCUGCACAAAUUAAUGACCAGGCUGAUGGCUGUAUUUAUGAUAAGGGCUGCUCUCAGGCACUGGAGGCUCCUCCUGCCUCCUUGGCCUCUGUGACUUCUGUAAGUAAGGAUAAGUCUGGGGUUUGUCUGUCUGUCCCAGAGCAUCCUAUUGUGGCUGAACUACCUAAAAGCCGAAGUUGGAUUUCUGAAGAUGAUUUCCAGAGGCCCGAACUUUCCCUUCCAACAGAAUCAACCCUGUCUGCACCCUCCAUUCCCUCACAGCCCCCCAGCAGUGAAAUCUCUGACCUCAGCCAAGUCAAUAAAGCUUUUAAUGUUGUUCACCGAAGGCAAAUUGGCCUCUCCAACCCUUUCCGUGGUCUCCUAAUGAUGGGAGACCUCGAGAGAAGAGCCUUGGGGAUGUAUAAAAGCUUUUACUGCGAGCUGACUCCCAUAGAGUUUCGCAUGUUCCUGAAAGGAGAGGACCGAGUCUGUUUGGAGAAUUGCACCCUGAUACGAUGCGAAUCUGUUGGCCCAGUGCAGAGUGAUGGCCGCUUUGAUUUAAAUUUUCCAGCGAAAAGGUUCCAUUUGCGAGCCCCCUCAAGGGAUGAGGCUCAAGACUGGGUUGACAGGAUACGGGAAGCCUUACAAAAAUGCCGCCCUCAGAAGGAUGACACGUGGGAAGUUUUACAGUUCCCAGACCCUCCCAAAACAGGCCAGGAAAGCCCGCUCCUGUCUCCUCAAAGGAGCCCAUCAUCUCCUGUUGGAAGCAUAAAGACUGAGUCAUUUGAUUGGGUCUGUCCAUUGAAAUUGGAGCCUGAUGCAUUAAAAGAGUCUGUGUUGUACAUGAAGAUGGAUAAAAAAUGGACGCGCUGCAUUUUCUCCUUAACAGAAAGGGAGCUGAGGUGUUACUUAGCCAAGAACUCUGAGAAAGUUUUACACAACAUAUUUGGUAUUGAGAUGGUGAGAGACAUUCUGCCUGAUGCCAGUCUCGGAAGCCCAUCCUGCUUCAAACUGGUCACGUCCAAAGGUUCUCUGCAACUGCAGGCUGAGAGCUCUAGCGAGGCCAAACACUGGAGGGAGAUGGUGCGAGAUGUUUACUUGGAACUGGCAGAUGAGCUGGCAUUACUGGCGGGCACUGCUAGCUUCCCGAUAAAGUCCCACAUCCGGGGGCAUGCACUGUUUCAGUACUUGUUGUACAUUCCCUCUGAGAAAGGCUUAGACUCCCAGAACUUUAAAUGUGCAGCUUGCCACAAACAGAUUGGUUUUCAGUUUGGAAAGGCCAAACAUUGCGCUUAUUCAGCACUUUACUACUGUGAGUGGUGCCAUCAGGAUGAGGGCUCCGUCAUUCCUUCAAGAAUGGUGCACAACUGGGACCUCACAGAGCAAGCCGUAUCGAGACCAGCAUUAAAAUUCCUCAAUAUGGUGCUCAAUGAACCAAUCAUAAAUGUGCCGUCUGUCAAUAGCGGCCUGUAUCAGCACUCGCACACUAUGCACAAUAUCAGCCACAGCCGAGAGAAACUGAGGCUCCUGGCAGAAUACCUGCAGACCUGUCGUAGUGGAGCAUUUCAGGAACUAAGCAAGAGCCUGGAUAACCGCACCUACCUACUGGAUUGUGCACACACCUAUAGUGUCCAGGAUUUCAGGCAGAUUGCCAACGGGGAAUUCGAACUGUUUCUGGGAGCCGCUGUGGAUUUGGCCACCAAGCAUGUGUAUGAUUGUGAUCUUUGCAGCCAAAAAGGUUUUAUCUGCCAAAUCUGCAACCAGGAUGAGAUCAUUUACCCCUUCCAGUUUGAAACGACCACCAGAUGCGGAGACUGUAAAUCUGUCUUCCACAUACCAUGCAAAGCGGAAGUGAAACAGUGUCCUCGCUGCCUAAGGAGAAAAAAGUACCAGGUUCAAGGUGUAAAUAUGUAAAUAUAUAUAUAUAUAACAAGGAGAAGACGGACUGUGCCCUUGUGGUGCUCAUCAGACCAGUUUCCCUGAACUGCAGCUGAAAUGACUUCAGGUUCUUUCAUUCAUUGGCCAUUGUGUUCCGCACAAAAAAUGCCCCCCGGUAGCAGCAGCAGAGAACCCCCUGAUGCCCUUUGCUGUUGUGAAGGGAGUUCUAGCACUUUUCAUGCAGUAACGGAAGCAAUGGCUUCAUUAACUCUGCUUACCCGUGACAAGGUAUAUGGUUCAAGUGCAAUGUAUACCACGUGCAUACUGCGCACUAAACCUCUAGGACUGCUGAAGGAUCUAAAGCAGACUUGUUCCGCCCCUCGCAAUGCUGACGUCACUUUGGAGACUGACUGUGUAUAACAUAUAUAUUUAAGUAUAUACUGUUCCAUCAGUGGCCGGUUUCUGCUGAAGCUGCUAACUCAACAGAACCUUGUCUGCUUUCAGAGGAAGUGGUUUGACUGUUCAACAGUGUGGAUUUAAUAUUGGUUUCUUUUAAUCUGGUAUUUCACACAGCACCAGGUUGCUUUCAGUUUGGGGCUCUCAAGUACAAUUUCACUACCAUGGUUUGCACUGCAGCAUCUCCAUUUAUUGUUUUUAUACAGUCUCAUAUUAACAUGGCGCAGUGAUAAACGCAGAUGGCUUACAGCCUAUGGCACAGUAGAUGGUGGGAUUUUCUCCGUUCGUAUUCUAUGUUUCUUUACUAUGGGAAGCCCUGCAUAGCCUGUAGCUACUGCAACUUUUUGGGUUAGACUCACUGGCCAAGACUUACAUGACGGUUCCUGGUUUAUUUAACAGGAGAAAAAUAGCAGCAACCAAACCACCUAGUAUAUCUUAGGCCUAGUCUGCACCUCAAGAUCUAUUGGCAAUAACAUAGAAACAGCUUUGUUUAAAUUGUACAUUAAUAUAGGUUUUAUUUGUCAAAGGUUCAGAAAACUCUACCUUCAUGUUUUUUUCAUGUUUUUUGGUGCUGUUAUCACUUUGGAAAUCGGACAUAUAGCGACAAACAGGCAGGAUGUGUGUUUUUGCGUUUAAAAAUCAGAAUCACAUGUACUUUUAAAGGAGAACUAAAAGUCUAAAGAUUAGUAUUGAGUAAUGUAUGUAUUUUAUAUAGUGGACUUACAGUGCCAGCCCAGAGGCUCAGCAGUCCUGUAACAGUAAUGAUCCAGGCCUUCGAAGUUGUCCAUGGCACCUCCCCAUCUUGGAUUAAUUUUGAGUGCCAGUGCACUGCACAUGCUCAGUGGGCUCUGGGCAGCUUUUGAAAAGCUAAGCUUAGGGGCUGUCAGAAACAGUCAAAGAAAAUGAGCAUUGUCGAUCACAGAGCCUAUUGGUAAUGGGGGCAUCUUCACUGCUGAAGGACUGGCCUUGGGCUGCAACAGAAGCUCAAAAUUUAUUGCCUAUUUUUUUUUUUUAGGUUUAUUUGUUCUUCGGUUUGUUUGACAUUACGCUACACUUUAUUCUACAGAUAACCAUGUGCUUUUUCUCUCCGAUGGUCUGCCUUUUAGAGAAACCAGUCAUAGCCAAGAAUGACAUAUCUUGACCUUUAGAGCGCUCUUGCCAAGUUAGGGCCGCUGCUGCCAUGUUCUGCACGGGGCAGUUUAACUGUUUCGUCGUAGAUUUUGGAAAUAAGUUACAUUUUACCAUUCUACUGAUAAAAAAAGUGUAUUUUUAGCAUUGGGUAUUUUUGUACAUGAUCUCACUGAAUGUUGCCUCCAUGUACAGAAGUGUCUCGGCCGAUCCACUUUGAAUUCCGACCAUGUGCCUUUCUGUGGAUUCAUUGGCAGAGGUACAUCCGAGAUAUCGACAUCUUUCUGGAGUAAGCAGUUGGCUUACUAAGGAUGCUGGGAGAUGUAGUUCACUACAUUUGGCACUGCACAUCUGUCAUCCCCUUCUGCCUCCUCUUACACAGGGUAACUCUGCCAUUCCCAUCUGUUUGUGCCAAAUCAUGUCCAGCAUUCAUAUACUUUUUAUUAACCCUAAUGUUUAUGUCUUGUAUCUAAAUUAUUCUUUAAAAUAAAAUCUAAAGCUUCAUAAACUUUUUAAA